AUGAAUACGAGUGGAAAUUGCACCCCCGGAACUCCUGGAUGCGGAGCGCCGAGCACCAGCAAUGUCAACACAGAAAUUGCAGCCUUCGGCAUAUCGUCAAAGAUACCAGAUUUUUGGGUCGAGAUGCCCAGAGUUUGGUUUGCUCAGUUCGAGGCGAUAAUGGCUCCUCAGAAGCAAGAUGAUGAAGCUAAGUAUGCUAUGGUGCUGUCAAAAAUUGGCAAAGAAGUUGUCAGGCAGAUAACCGACAUCAUAACGGCACCUCCCGAAAAGAAGAAAUACGAGGCUGUCAAGGAAAGAUUGCUGUCUGUUUAUGAAGAGUCGGAAGAACGUCAAUUUCAAAAGUUGGUCGGUGAAAUGGAGUUAGGCGACCAAAAACCAUCUUCCCUGUUGAGGCGUAUGAGGGAAUUAGCACGCAAUAGUCAAAAAUAG